AUGGUAUUUGAUUCAAUGGGAGGCAUACCGUCGGGUCUAUCGGAUGGCGUUAUCACGAGUUUCGGUGAUUACGACCAGUGCUUAGCCGUUAAAAGCGGUCCACAAAUGAAUACCAAAACAAUUUAUGGCAAAUACUGUUUAGGUCUAUCGGAUGGCGUUAUCACGAGUUUCGGUGAUUACGACCAGUGCUUAGCCGUUAAAAGCGCAGUUUUCAAUCCGAUAAUAAGGAUUCCAAUAGAAGUGGGCUCUAAUUGUGACACAAUCAUUGAUAAAAUUGAAUGGAAUUUAUUCAAUAUAGCAAUACUGCGACCGAUUGCUUAUCGGGGAAGCGAUGCUAUUGUUUGCCUUUACAUGGCUUUUAGGGGCAACUCAUUAUACAGCGAUGGCGGCCACAGGUCUGGUCGGCUAUAA